GAGCGCUCGCGGGACAAGCCUCUGGCCAGGUCUCUUCAGCGCUCCAAAUCGUUGCCUCCAACCGAGCAACUUGGACGACGUGCAGCAGCGGGCAUGGCCGACGGCGCGCCGACUCGCGCGCAGAGGAGCAGCAAGAAAACGAAGCGGAAGAGAAGCCGCGACGGGCCCAAGAUCGAGCGGCUCGACUCGCUCCCCUGGGCUCGCUCCCUCCCCGGCGGCGGCGACGGCGACGGCGACGGCGACGGGUCCGCCUUCUCUCUUUUCAUCGGCUCCAACGAGCUCGAAGGAGGCUUUCUUUCUCUCGAAGAGAUUGAUGAAUCUGAGUACGGUUUGGAUAUACCGAAAGCUGUGAAGCAAGAAUCAGGGAAAGCAAAGAAAUCAAAGAAAAAUAAGGAUGGUAAUGUACGAGACAGUGUGGAUCAUGGGGUUGAAGCUGAGAUUGCAAGCAAUUUGGAGGAGGAGGAGGAGGAGGAGGAGCAGCAGCAGCAGGAGAAUGUGAUGACUGAAAGGAAAAAGAAAAAGAAGAAACAAAAGAAAGAGACCAAGAAAGUUGAUGAAUUGCCUGCAGUGGAUGAUGCUGAAGUCGAUCAUGUUGAUGAUGCCGAGUUCUAUGCAUGGAAUGAUUUGAGGUUGCAUCCUCUUAUUAUGAAAACAAUACAAAGGCUUGGGUUCAAGGAACCAACACCAAUACAAAAAGCUUGUAUUCCUGCUGCUGCUCAUCGAGGAAAGGAUGUUAUAGGCGCUGCAGAGACAGGGUCUGGGAAAACACUUGCUUUUGGCUUACCAAUUCUGCAGAGGCUUCUUGAGGAAAGAGAAAAAUCAACCAAGAUGCGUGAAGAAAAAGGAGAGGAAGUGGAAAAGUAUGCUCCAAAAGGUGUUUUACGGGCCCUUAUUAUCACACCUACCAGGGAACUCGCACUUCAGGUCACUGAUCAUCUCAAGGAAUUUGCCAAGGAUGCAAGAAUUAGAGUAGUUCCCAUUGUUGGUGGGAUGUCAACAGAAAAACAGGAGAGGCUUUUAGAAGCAAGGCCUGAGAUUGUAGUUGCAACUCCUGGGAGAUUAUGGGAACUUAUGUCAGGAGGAGAAAUCCAUCUCGUGGAGUUACAUUCCUUGUCCUUCUUUGUGUUGGAUGAGGCUGAUCGGAUGAUAGAAGAUGGGCAUUUCCGCGAGUUGCAGUCAAUUAUCGACAUGCUUCCAAUAACUAGUAGUUCUGUUGAGGAAAGACCUCAAAGCAUGCAAAGUUGUGUAACAAUAGCUAACAUCCAGAGGAAGAAAAGACAAACUUUUGUUUUUUCUGCAACUAUUGCUCUAUCUGCUGAUUUUCGUAAGAAGCUGAAGCGGGGUAUUGCCAGAUCAAAGCAGUCAACAAGCGGUGGAUUGAACUCCAUAGAGACUCUUUCUGAGCGAGCUGGAAUGCGGGAAGAUGCUGCUAUAAUUGAUCUGACAAAUUCCUCAAUUUUGGCAAAUAAGCUGGAGGAGUCAUUUAUUGAGUGCAUGGAAAAAGAUAAGGAUGCUCACUUAUAUUAUAUUCUGAGUCUACAUGGACUAGGUCGCACAAUUGUUUUCUGCACAUCAAUUGCAGCUUUACGCCACAUUUCCUCUAUCUUACGCAUUCUUGGCAUCCAUGUAUGGACUCUGCACGCGCAGAUGCAGCAAAGAGCUCGAUUGAAGGCAAUUGAUCAUUUUCGUGGAAGUGAACAUGGUGUGCUUGUUGCUACUGAUGUUGCUGCUAGGGGUAUUGAUAUUCCAGGCAUUCGAACUGUUGUUCAUUAUCAGCUUCCCCAUUCAGCAGAAGUUUAUGUCCAUAGAAGUGGAAGGACUGCCAGAGCUUCUUCUGAUGGAUGCAGCAUAGCACUAAUAUCCUCUGACGAGACAUCAAAAUUUGCCUCUCUAUGUAGAUCAUUUUCCAAGGAUUCUUUUCAGCGGUUUCCUCUGGAGAACUCAUACAUGCCAGAGAUCAUGAAACGUUUAUCUCUGGCGCGCCAAAUCGGUGAAAUUUCUCGGAAAGACUCUCAGGAAAAGGCCCAGAAAAGCUGGUUGGAACGAAAUGCAGAGGCCUUGCAAUUAGAUGUGGAGAAAUAUGACAGUGAGGAAGAGAGAGUUAAUGCUCACAAGAAGAGGAAAGCUAGCUCCAACAAACUAAAGCAGCUGCAACAGGACCUCAAAAAUCUUCUUUCACGUCCAUUGCAACCAAAGACAUUCUCACAUCGCUUCUUGGCAGGGGCUGGUGUUUCACCUCUCCUCCAACAUCAAUUUGAACAAAUAGCGAAGCAAAAAUCAGAAGAAGGUAUGCAGUCCAGCGGAAACGGAAAAGGGAAGCUAGUGGUCAUUGGUCAGGAUUGUGUAGAGCCACUCCAGGCACUCCGUAAUGCUGGUGAUGAGACACGCGUUGAUGUGAAGGAGACGGCAGACAAAAGAAAAGGCAUUGAAACUCGGAAGAGAGAAAGAAAAGCGGAGAAAAAACGUUUACAUGACCAGCGAAGGAAGCAGAGGAAAAAAUUGAGAGGAAACGGUGAUUAGAAUAGCUUUUUUUUUUUCUUUGGCAACAUGAAUUGUUCGGCAAAAAAAAAUGUAGAGAGAGAGAGAGAGAGAGAGAGAGAGAGAGAGAGAGUUUUUGUACCGGGAUUUUAGCAAUGUUUAAUUCAUCUUUUGAAGAUUUUAUGGUGACCCUGAUACCUUGGUCACGGUCAAUUAUAGAAGAUGAAGAAGGUUCUCUCUCG